UCUGUUAUUAACCCUAACGGAGACUAUCGGCCUUUUUCUCUCUGAGUUGCACGAAAUCCAACUCGAGGAUGCCAUUAAAUUUCUGUCCAUUGCCUGAUCUACCCGUUUCUAGGUUUACAUAGUUGGGUCUUAGACUCUCAGGGUUGUUAAUGGGUGCUCCGAAGCAGAAAUGGACAGCAGAAGAGGAGUCCGCACUCAAAGCUGGAAUUAGGAAACACGGAGCUGGUAAAUGGCGUACUAUACUGAAAGAUCCCGAAUUUAGUGGCAUAUUAUGUUUGCGUUCAAAUGUUGAUCUUAAGGACAAAUGGCGAAACAUGAGUGUGGUAAUGAAUGGAUGGGGUUCUCGAGAAAAGGGUAGGAUAGCCUUGAAAAAGAGCCGACAGAUCCCCAAGCAUGAUGACAAUCCAAUGGCACUUAGUACUGCAGUUGCGGAUUCGUCUGACGAGAUUGUUGAUGCCAAGCCUCUUGCUAUGUCAGCUGAUGCUGUGCAGGCCAAUGCUCCAAAUCAGUCUGAGGCGAAAUAUAAACUAAAGUUUUCUUUUGCGGCAGUCAACAGGCUAGAGAAUCUUAUAUUGGAAGCCAUAACUAAUUUGAAAGAGCCCAGUGGAUCCAAUAAAACUGCUAUUGCCAUGUAUAUAGAGGACCAAUAUGUGUCUCCUCCAGAUUUCAAGCGUCUGUUAUCUGCGAAAUUGAGAAGGAUGACUGAAACAAGGAAAUUGGUUAAGGUGAAACGUAAAUAUAGGAUUGCACCAAGUUCACUUUACUCAGAAGGAAGGAACUCCAAGGUUUUACUCAUAGAUGGGAGGCAAAGGGAACAUUCUAGAGUGGAUAGGGAUGAUAUCAAACAUAUUACAAAAUCCCAAAUUGAUGCUUACUUAGCUCGGAUGAGAAAUAUGACUCCCAAAGAGGCUGCAAAUGCUGCUGCUCUGGCUGUAGCUUUAAUGACUGAAGCUGAAGAAGCAGCAAGAGAAGCAGAGGCUGCUGAAGCUGAUGCUGAAGCAGCAAAGGCUUUUGCUGAUGCAGCAAGUUUGACACUCAAAAACAGGAACAGGGCUAAGAUUUGGGCGGGAAUUACCACCUGAGGCUUCUGAUUGAUUUCAAUCACAUACUGUUUUCUGGGAGAUCCAAUAUAAUUCCAGUUUUGAAUGGGGGAGAUUCAUGCCUCUGAAGGCUUGUUUUUGCUCCUAACCUGUAUAUAAGUUUAGAUUGUGCAAGGUUCAUUUAGUGCAAAGGUUCUUUAUAGAGGACCCUGGAAUCAGGAGAUGCUUAAAUAUCUUCAGCCCCUUGAAAUUUCCAUUUUCUUUCUUUUGCAUUGUCAGGUUGACCCCAGUAUCGAAAGUUUUAGCAAGGUCUUAGACGUCAAAUUUAAUAAUGUUGAAAACCUGUCGAUGUUGGUGACUCAGCAUUAGUACUCCCAGUUUUCUCAGGGUUUUUAUGGUGAAGGGGUUGUCUUCAAAUUUUGGCUCAUUGUAUCAUAGCAUGUAUCUGACGAAACCAAUCUUUUCGUGUGGAAGAGUGGGUGAUUAUUUUA